UAUUUAAGAUUACAAUAGUUACUUAAAUUUUAUAUGUCGGUUAAGCAAAUUUAUUAAACCAAAAUUAGGUUAAAUGUUCUAAAUUGCUAUGGCGGGUAGAAAAUUCCAAAAUAUCCCAUUAAACAUUCCGAUUCUGGGCCUUUUCGAUGUCAUAAAGUGUUGUCAUUAUCGGAGAAGUCAUUUCUAGAGCUUUUACAGGAGAAAAUGGCCCUUCACAUCGUUUACUCAUCUGUCUUUCGUGAUUACAGACCAAGACGUUAUCUUUUCCUUGAUAAGUUUGUUGAUCCAGUAAAUCAUGACAAUAUUUCAGAAAGAUGCUGAGAAAUACAAGCAUGGUUUUAUACUGAAAAUGACUAAUAAUUCAAAUGACAGCUUUUCAUUUCGUGAUGUUUUGGAAUAUAAAGUUCAGACUGCUUUGUGGACAUUUCUUUCUCCGUUUCUGAUACUAAUCGGAACUGUUGGUAGUCUUUUGUCUGUGGUUGUUCUGAAUCAGCACAGACUUUGUAGGUUUAGAUCACCCACUUUCACUUAUCUUAAAUAUCUUGCUCUUGGAGACAUUUUGCUCUUAAACGGCUGUCUUUUUCCAGACUGGAUUCACUAUGCGUUCAACGUUAAUAUUCGAAGCUAUUCUGUUGGCUGCAAAAUACACACGUUUCUUGUCUACUUGUCCACAGACUUCAGCAACUGGAUCUUGGUAGCAGUUACCGUUGACCGCUGUAUAGCUGUCUGUCGUCCGUUAAAAGCAAGAACUUACGACCAUUUUCGAAUAUGUAAAGUUACAGUUGUGUCUAUCUUCAUUGUAAUGACAGCUCUGAAUUUACAUUUAUUUUGGAAUAUGGAAUCUACCGAUGAGGAAGAACCCUGUAAUGAAGCGAACCACUUUACAUUGCAUGUUUGGCCGUGGAUUGAUUUCUCCGUCUUCUGUGUUCUACCAUUUCUGAUUAUGUUCGUCUGUAAUGUCUUGCUUUUAAAGGCUAUUGCAAAAUCCAGAAGGAAAGCAAUCUCAUUUGGAGAUUCAAGAAUCUCUUUUGCAGCCAGUUCAAGAGAGGCGAAUACGUUUGAAAGGAGGUCCUCGCACCUAACGAGAAUGCUUCUCACUGUAAGUUCCGUAUUUCUUGGCUUGACUUUUCCAAUUAUUAUUGUUGAGCUACCUCGAUCUAUUUUCGUCAAUGAUACCUCUGAGGCAAAGAUAUUUGCCAAAUACAAACUGGCUUGGACUGUAGGGAACAUGCUCCAAUACGUGAACAGUGCUGGACAUUUCUUUAUGUAUUUUCUGACUUGUCCAUCAUUUCGAGAUGAACUGAGGUGUAUUUUUUGCAGUUGUAAAAGACAUUCUAUGAAACCUCGUGGUCGGAUAAGCACCGUUUCUUUGUCUCCCCUCUCGUAGGUGAUCGUCAAAAUAGAAUGGAGGUAAUACAUAAGUCGAAAUGGUAUU